AUGUAUCUAAACUUGAGACCAAGUAAUGCGCAACUGGCAAAAGGUGUGAUUGCCUUUCUGGAAAAUUAUGACUCAGCACAUACUUUCACAAUAAUCACUCAAAAUGAGUUGAUAGAAGAUGGAUUUCUUGAUGAACUGACCAAAUUAAUCCAUGCUCACAAGUGGACAUUAGAAGACACACUUUUCUUAUCAGGAAACACUGACACAAAUCAGGAUAUUGCUGACAAACUCAGCACUUUGCGUGAUAAUAAAGCACGAAUCAAUAUUGUCCACUGCAGCAAUGUUUUGUCACACCUCUCUCUCUCUCUCUCUCUCUCUCUCUCUCUCUCUCUCUCUCUCUCUCUUUCUCACACACUCUCUCUCUCUUUCUCACACACUCUCUCUCUCACUCUCUCUUUUCCUCACACUCUCUCUCUCUCUUUUUCUCACACUCUCUCUCUCACUCUCUCUUUUUCUCACACACUCUCUCUCUCUCUCUUUUUCUCACACACUCUCUCUCUCUCUCUUUUUCUCAUACACUCUCUCUCUCUCAUUCUCUCUUUCUCUCUCUCUCUCUUUGGCUAA